GUUGGGUUGAUAUAGUGGAGAGCCGCAGUUGCUGAGCGCAGUGCUGUUGAAUAUGAGCAGAUGCGAUGGAAGACACUGAAAAUAUACUGUCGCUGUAGUUUACCAACUAACAGGAUAACUUUGAGCAUUGUAACAGUAUAAGGAAAUUUCCUGGACACACUUUGGAGCUACAUUGUCAUUUGGCACAUGGCAUUUAAUGAACGCACCGCGAGCAGCGAUGAACACGGCAGUCUUCAGUAAGUUUGAUCAGCUGCACUUUGAAGAGAGCGCACAGAACGUGGAAAGAACCAGCAGAAGCUAUUUAGAGGUGAUUGAUGGACAACAUUCAGAUUUACUGACAAGCCACAAAGUUAUGGGUGGCACCGAAGCUCUCAAACACAGGAGAAACGGUGGAGGGAAGGUACGACACAAACGUCAGGCCCUCCAGGAUAUGGCUCGACCACUGAAGCAGUGGCUCUAUAAGCACAGGGACAACCCUUACCCCACCAAGACUGAGAAGAUACUGCUGGCUCUGGGCUCCCACAUGACCCUGGUUCAGGUCUCAAACUGGUUUGCGAAUGCAAGGCGCAGGCUCAAGAACACAGUUCGCCAGCCUGACUUGAGCUGGGCCUUACGCAUAAAACUGUACAACAAAUAUGUACAAGGCAAUGCAGAGAGACUCAGCAUUAGCAGUGAUGACACAACAUCAGACGAUGGGGAGAAUCCUUUACAGAUUCAGGCCAGUAAAUCAGACUAUAACAGACCCCUGCACAAGAGCGUUAUUCAGGACAGCAGAGGCAAAGGGGUGGGGCGAAGCGCAGACCCCUCGGUUUGUGAUGAUUAUGUAUCGCCACCAAAAUACAAGAACAGCUUGCUAAAUCGAUAUCUAAAUGAUUCCCUUCGACAUGUAAUGGCCUCCGAAAAAGUUAUGGACUCUCGGAAGAGGAACCACUCUGGAUCGUUUAGCUCCAACGAGUAUGAGGAUGAUUUUCUCUCACCAUCAUCAGAAGCUGAGGCAAACUUCACCUACCGUACAGUGACGUUGGACUGUGGCACACGCCAAAGCGAGAGCGGUGCUCGUAAAGGUGGUGGAGGAGGAAAUAACGAGACCUACUGGAAGGAGCUCCAUGCCGCCAUGGCCCUGACUAACCUGGCCCAAGGAAAGGAGAGCUCAACGUCGGGCACCACCAGCUGUAUCAUCCAGAAGUCUUCCCAUAUAGCAGAAAUUAAGACUGUCAAAGUGCCCAUACAACCCCGACAUUAGUGGCUAACAGACUGGACAGCGGUCUGUACUAGGUCAUAAUUGCUAAAAGACUACCUGAACACUUGAGUAUGUACUACAUGCAAUAAUUUUGUUGAAAAUGAUCCACAACAGCCUUUUCUGGGAGGAAAAAUACAUGUUGACUGACCAGCGUGCCUUUUUUUCUUCUUUUUCCUUUUUUCCCCCCCCAACUGUCUGAUGAAAAGUGACAUAGUAAAGAAAGCUUGAUGUGUGGACGAUCACUACCACUAAACACAGAAGCACAAAAAAUUCAUCAUUUCUCAAAUACAAUUUUUGUCAGUGGCUAAAAUGUAAUAUAUUCAUAUGUGUAUUCAUUUUUUUCUAAGUUAUGUUAAUUUUAUUUUUAAUUGACACAGGAUUACUGUCAUCCUAUGGCAAUGGCAUAUACAUGUGGAUUCUUGUGUUUAAGUAUGACAUAUAAAGGAAGCUUCUUUUUCUUUUUUUUUUUAAUAUUCUAUCGAUGAGUGAAGCAACUGUUUUGUUUUUUUGUUUUUUGGAACAAACCUUUUGGUUUGACUUUGGAUAGCGUUUAAUUUCAUUUGGGCCAUUGCCUGUGAUGAUUAAUGUGCAAAAUACAGUCAGGUGAGAGCAAAUAAAGUUUUUAAAUAGAAUAAAGUUGUGCUUUGAUAAAAUUCCCUCAAAGUAAAAUAAUAAUAAUAAUUGUGGGAUAAAAUUUAAAAUGAGAAAUCCAGUCACUUUGUGGGAUGUAUAAUCAUACCGUGUUAUAUAACGUUACAAUUAUGCAAAAUUAACUUGUGAUUGCAUGAUAUAACUUGCAACUAUAAAGUCACAAUUGUCCAUAUAAAGUAGCUGUUAAAAGAAACAAAGCAAUAGUUGUAAGAUAUAAUUUAAGAAACAGAAUCACAAUACUAAGAUAUAAAGUCAGAGAUAUUAAGUGUUAUAUUAGUAUUAUCUAAAUACAGUUUGAAUGAGUGUAUAUAUAUAUAUAUAUAUAUAUAUAUAUAUAUAUUUCAGAGGUUGCGCUAGACUUCAACAUUCCGUCAUAAUCUAUUAUUACCCAUCAUUUUGAUUUUCAUAUUUUUAAUUAGAAUUGCUUUUAUUUUUGUUCACAUUUUCAUUUUUAAUCAUGAACCUACAAGAUGACAGCGCAGUGUUUAAAAACAAAAAAAUAUACUAGGGGUGUGUAAAAAAACAAAAUUUAAUACAUUUCUCG